AUGACUGACCUCCGGAGCGCGGAAGAAAUCACGUCGCAACAAUAUUCCUCCGGUUUAGCUACGGUGUACUUCGACAUUGAGCACGGCAAUAAGCCUCUGGGCAGAGUGGUGCUCGGAUUGUAUGGCAAGACCGUUCCCAAGACCGCCGAGAACUUCCGGGCUCUCGCUACCGGCGAGAAGGGCUUUGGUUAUGAGGGCUCUACCUUCCACCGUGUCAUUAAGGAGUUCAUGAUCCAGGGUGGUGACUUCACCCGCGGUGAUGGCACUGGCGGAAAGUCUAUCUAUGGCGAAAAGUUCAAGGAUGAGAACUUCAAGAUUAGGCACACCAAGAAGGGACUCCUGAGCAUGGCCAACGCCGGCAAGGAUACCAACGGCUCUCAGUUCUUCAUCACUACUGUGGCUACUCCAUGGCUCGAUGGCCGCCACGUUGUUUUCGGCGAGGUCCUUGAGGGUUAUGAGGUGGUUGAAGCCAUCGAAAACGUUCCCAAGGUUCCUGGUGACAAGCCCCAACAGGUGGUCAAGAUCGUCAAGAGUGGAGAGCUGGAGUCUGAGGACAAAGGUAGCCACGAGGAGCUGUAG